UUGCAAGGAUACAGCCACUACUGCAACCAUCAAGCCUCCACUGCAAAGGAACUUCGAACCAAUCCCAAACUCUACGCAUCGCUCUAAUAAUCCACCGUCGUUCUAUCUAUUCUUCAUUCCUACUCUGGCAGCGAGCCGUACUACUUAGGUCUAGGGACCCAGUAGAUUGGUUUUCUUAUCCUCGAAACGAGACCGCCCAAUUCACGGUCGCACUGCUCGUUUGCUCUCUGUUCGGUUGUCGCAUCUUGUCGAUUACACUCCUAAAUUGGCACAGCAAUUCCCACCAGCCACCCGCCCCCCUCAAGGGUUUGUUUCCGAUCGAGCGGGACUGAUUAAUCAGGUUUAUCAUCCAAUUCCUACUGCAAACCGGCUGUACAUACACGACCGACUCUGUCACCAACCAAGACGUCUUCGACUUGGUGCCGCUCACGUAACCGCCUGUUCCUCCGAGCCAUCGAAUUUCCGUCCCGGAACCUUUUCCGACUAAAAUACCCUCACUCCGACGACCUAUUUGCCUUGCCGUCUUGUCUUGCCGGCGAAAGUCUACCUGACCCCCACGUCCCGGCACAGUUGGCGAUCAAGUUGCGAUCCCGAGCGACCCGUGUCCACCCGCCUGCCACAUUCGCUCGCCAGCCGUUUGUUCCCAAAUCCUGCUGCCCCAGGCCAGCUACGUGCUAUCUCGACAAUUCCUCUACGACGUGCGAUUCGAUCGCUCCAGCAGGCAGCGCUCCCAUCUCGGCCAAUCGAACGACGAAAUAUCUCUCACCUGCUCUCGAUAACAAAGACACCGCAGCGGGAGACUUGCAUCUCCUACGUUCUGAUAGACAGGAAGGUACAUACGCGACGACUCGUCGAUGGGAUCCCAUUAGGCUGGGUGCGUUGGCCAUUGUAAGCCGCCCGGGCAACGACGUUUGCCAGCGCAGCGCGAAACCCCUCCAGUCCCAAGCCCCACGGCAUUUAAGGGCGCAACGAAACAGGCCUUGAAACCCAAUACAAUUGGGUUCUCUGGCCAACAGGCAUCAUUAAUGAUGGGCGCUUGCAUGAGCGCGAGCUCUGAGGAGUCGGAACAGAAGAAACGGAGUCAAAGGAUUGAUAAGGACCUCGAGGAAGAUUCAAAGAGAUUGAGGCGAGAAUGCAAAAUUCUACUGCUUGGUUCUGGCGAGAGUGGCAAAUCCACAAUUGUCAAGCAGAUGAAGAUUAUACAUCUGAAAGGCUACUCAGAUGACGAACUUUACAACUAUCGGCCGACGGUCUUCAAGAAUUUAAUUGAAUGUGCAAAAGCCGUUAUCAGUGCCAUGCGGCAAUUCGACAUAGAACCGCAGCUGGAAGGGAACAAGGAACUAUGCGACUAUCUUCUCGACUACAUGGUCGAGUCUGGACCACAGGCAGAGAUAGACCCCAAAGUCGGUCAAGCUGUGCAGUCAAUAUGGAAUGACCCUGCAAGGGAACAGUUGAUGGACAGGCAAACCGAGUUUUACCUGAUGGACUCGGCAGAAUACUUCUUCCAAGAGGUUAUGAGGAUUGUCUCUCCCGACUACCUGCCCAAUGAGAUGGAUGUUCUUAGGGCAAGAACAAAAACAACAGGCAUAUACGAGACACGCUUUCAGAUGGGCCAAUUAAGCAUACACAUGUUUGAUGUAGGAGGCCAGAGGAGUGAGCGUAAGAAGUGGAUCCACUGCUUCGAGAACGUGACAUCCAUCAUCUUUUGCGUUGCUCUGAGUGAAUAUGAUCAAGUUUUACUCGAAGAAAGCAGUCAAAAUCGCAUGAUGGAAAGCUUGCUACUUUUUGAUUCCGUGGUGAACUCGAGGUGGUUCAUGAGGACCAGUAUCAUCUUGUUCCUCAACAAGGUGGAUAUUUUCAAGCAGAAACUUGGCCGAUCGCCUCUCGGCAACUAUUUCCCAGAUUACUCUGGAGGCAACGAUGUUAAUAAGGCAGCCAAGUACUUAUUGUGGCGUUUUAACCAAGUCAACCGGGCUCACCUAAACCUAUACCCUCAUCUUACGCAAGCUACCGACACCUCGAACAUUCGACUUGUCUUCGCGGCAGUAAAAGAGACGAUACUUAACAAUGCCCUGAAGGACUCGGGUAUUCUGUAAUCUACAGCAACUCCGACCUGCAUUUUAUUCUAGUCCCUUCCUUAUACGCCCAACCUUUGCACCUUAUGUUUUUAUUGAUACCACGAUCAACUUCAUACUGAAUCUAUCUUGCCACGGCGCUUAUAUUAUACUAGCAUCAGCUCGGAGUUAUGGUGGGGCGGCUUUUGCUGUUAUGACUACACACACUUUCUUUGAAUUCUUUUCCCUCACACUUAUUAUUUCUGUUUCUUCAUCAUCAUGGCCAAAGCGGCUCUCCGGUCAAUAUUUUGCGUCAAUUUAUUACUUUUCCCCUUCAGGUUCUGGAUUGUGAGGCUACUGAUAGCCAGGAAAGGUGGGCGGCGGUGAUCGAGUAGCUGCAAAUUGAGCGUGUUCACGGCUACUAUGAGCAUCAUUUUUUGCACUAAUUCAUGUGGAUAUAUUUGUCUUGCACUCUUGGGACUGGAUCGACAGUACCGCUGUUCAGCUUUGGACCGCACUAAUGUACCACGCGUCAAGACUGGAUACAGAGAGAGAGAGAGAGAGAGAGAGAGAGAGAGAGAGAGAGAGAGAGAGAGAGA